CCUUUCCGUCUGGCGGCAGCCAUCAGGUAGGCUGCUUUGGAGAUCUUUGCUCUUCCAUCCGCCGUUGAUCGUGUUCCUCUUCAGCCAUCCAGGCCCGGGGACCCUGCGUCCUCCGAGAUAGGUCUCCCUCCUGUGCGGCCAGAGUUUGGUAAGCCAAGAUGGGUGCAUACAAGUACAUCCAGGAGCUAUGGAGAAAGAAGCAGUCUGAUGUCAUGCGCUUUCUUCUGAGGGUCCGCUGCUGGCAGUACCGCCAGCUCUCUGCUCUGCACAGGGCUCCCCGCCCCACCCGGCCUGAUAAAGCGCGCCGACUGGGCUACAAGGCCAAGCAAGGUUACGUUAUAUAUAGGAUUCGUGUUCGCCGUGGUGGCCGAAAACGCCCAGUUCCUAAGGGUGCAACUUACGGCAAGCCUGUCCAUCAUGGUGUUAACCAGCUAAAGUUUGCUCGAAGCCUUCAGUCCGUUGCAGAGGAGCGAGCUGGACGCCACUGUGGGGCUCUGAGAGUCCUGAAUUCUUACUGGGUUGGAGAAGAUUCCACAUACAAAUUUUUUGAGGUUAUCCUCAUUGAUCCAUUCCAUAAAGCUAUCAGAAGAAAUCCUGACACCCAGUGGAUCACCAAACCAGUCCACAAGCACAGGGAGAUGCGUGGGCUGACAUCUGCAGGCCGAAAGAGCCGUGGCCUUGGAAAGGGCCAUAAGUUCCACCAUACUAUUGGUGGUUCUCGCCGGGCAGCUUGGAGAAGGCGCAAUACUCUCCAGCUCCACCGUUACCGCUAAUAUAAGUAAAGUUUGUAAAAUUCAUACCUAAUAAACAAUUUAGGACAGUCAUGUCUGCUUACAGGUGUUAUUUGUCUGUUAAAACUAGUCUGCAGAUUGUUUCUUGAAUGCUUUGUCAAAUUAAGAAAGUUAAAGUGCAAUAAUGUUUGAAGACAAUAAGUGGUGGUGUAUCUUGUUUCUAAUAAGAUAAACUUUUUGUCUUUGCUUUAUCUUAUUAGGGAGUUGUAUGUCAGUGUAUAAAACAUACUGUGGUAUAAUAGGUUUAAAAUAAAUUCUUUAAGAGAACUGAAA